GGAGGCGAGAUUCUGAUUGGAGUCCUGACCGUCUGGACGGAAAGAAACAAUGUUUCAAAGCAGUGUCUGCGUUGUCCCUUGAAAAGCUGCAAGAACAGACCGUCCGGUUUAGUCGGAGAAGAAGCAGGCGAAGUUGAAGUCGGAUCGCACAGUGGUCGUCAUCCAUCGGAACAUGUCCAGCCCGGCGAAGCAGGUGAAGAGAGAAGGCGAGACCGUGGUCGGCUACCUCCACGCGCUGUCACCGGUCAAGACGUCACGUCAGAGUGUCCGGUACUUCGAGUGCACCAUACAGACCGGACACGAAGAGUUCAACCGAGUGGUCUGUUUCUCCAUGGAGAAGAGGAACGACUUCGUCGUAGCCGUGGACAACAAGCAGGCGGUCAAGCUGGUGGACACGCGAAAGAGCGUCAGCUACGGCAAUCCCGGGGGGUACGACGUGAUCCUGUCCCACGGCAGCAGAGUGGAGGCGUCGGACGACCUGCCAUUCCUGCGGAGGGAGCCUCGGUGCGCUGGCAAGAUGACCGUCGAGGAGGUUUUGGGUCUUGGUCCGAGGCAGCGAGUGGGCGUGAUCGAGGCCAAGAUGCUCCAGGCCACGGCCAGCAGGAUCGUUCCAGUCAACGGCCUGCCCUGCGAACUGAAAUCGUUCGAGAUCUGCGACUCCACCGGGCAGACAGCGCUGACCGUGUGGGAACGCCACAUCUUGUCCGUGCAGGAGGGCAGAUCGUACCGCUUCGCCACUUUGUCCACCAGGAAGGAGGAGGACCGGACCGUCCUGACGACCACUCCAUCCACGGUGAUCACGGCCAUCGCGGAGGUGGGGCAGCCCGCGUCGCUGAGGUCGGUGUCCGCCAGGGCCAGUCAGACCGUGAGCGGACCUGUGACGGGGGUGCAAAUCGUCGCCAAGCUGAGAUGCCAGAGGUGUCACGCAAGCCAGGAAAACGUGGCCCCCAGGUCGCCCACUCACCGCUGCGACCGCUGCGGUCUCCUCCAGCGUGCAAACUCCUACACCAUUUUCUAUUCUGGAGUGCUGGUCGUGAUCGGGCGACACGGGGAGGAGCGCACCAUGACCCUGACAAAUUCCUCAGUGUUCAAUUACGUCAGGGACAACUACCUCACCUGCAGCGCUCACGACGGACGAGCUUUGGAGGACCAGGUGAUGUCACUGUCCGAGUUGGACGUGACCGUGAACGAAGGCGGUCUGGUUGUGCGGUUCGGGAAACAAGCAGAAGAAGUCCGCGGCGCCGCGAAAGAAACCGAGCCAAGCGAUCAGGGGAAUGCCCCGGACGCGAGAACGGACUCAAAUGUGCCAGAGCAAUUGUUGGCCCAGGACGCAGACCCAAAUGCGCUGGAGCAAUUGAUGGCCCAGUCCAAGGACUUUGACUGA